AUGAUCCUGGAGACGAAACCAGAUCCUAGGUGGAUCACAGUGAUAUGUGAAAAUCAAACCAAUUUGCUUAAGGCAUUUGCAUUAUGUUGGGAAUAUUUAGCUCCCGAUAUACAGAUAGGUUUUAAUGACUCGCAAUAUGAUUGGCCUUUUGUCGUAGAAAAAGCUAAGAAUUUAGGAAUUCUUGAAUGGAUGUUUAAUCAUAUGUCCCUGGAGCCAUUAAGCAUUGAAAAAAUUACGAAAUGGCAAUAUCAAUAUAAUGUGAUAAAAAUAAACGAUGCAAACUUCCAUUCGAAACAUCUCAAAAUCCCUGGGUGUGUGGCUAUUGACGUCCGCCCCUGUUUUAAGAAAUUAUAUUCUAAAGCUGAGAAAAGUAGUCUUAAGUUUUAUCUGGAAGAGUGUAAACUCGACAAAAAAGUAGAUUUACCUAUUCACCGUAUAAAUAAAUAUUAUGAAAAAGCGUUAAAAGAAAUAAAUAAUACAACGGCUGAGCAGAUGCGUGAAGUGGCUGAAUACUGCAUUAACGAUGCUCUUAGCUGUCAGCGGUUAAUGGUCAAGCAUAAUGUAAUCAAUGAAUAUAAAGAGAAAGUUUCUAUAUCAUUUCUAUCUUUAUUUGAUGCACAUUAUUUUGCUGAUGGAAUGAAGGUAAAAAACCUUUUAGCUAGUCGUGCAUGGGGACUAGGGAUUCUAAAUACCAUGAUUCCACAAAAGCAAACAGAAAGUGGUAAAUAUCCUGGGGCAUAUGUAUUUCCACCAGAAAAGGGACUUGAAAAUAAACGCCCUGUAACCGGUCUUGAUUACGCAUCACUAUAUCCAAGUCUUAUUAUGACAUAUAACCUCUCUCCUGAUAAAAUAAUUUUAUCCCGUGACCAUGCAAUAUCUGUAGCACGUAGUGGGAAGAAGCUCCAUAGGAUUGAAUUCAAGUUUAAUGGUCGUGAUAUUAUUGCAUGGUCAGUAAAACAUGAAAAUCAAUCAGAAAUGGAAGGACUUUAUGUAAUAGUAUUGAAAGAACUACUUACGAAGCGGAAUAAGAUGAAGAAAUGUCUUGCUCCAUUAAGUGAAAAAAAAGAAAAUAUGGAAUUAAUAUUGAGUAAUAUAGAAGGAAAGCAAACGAUACUGGAGGCUAUUGAAUAUAUCUUGGAAAAUGCAGAAGAGAAAAAUC